AUGCCUUACACUCCCCCCUCCCAGCGAUCCCCAGCUUCCUCGACCACGCCCUCUCCCAACCUCAGCCGUCGAUCCUCGUCAACCGAUCAGCUUCCGCAGCACCACAAGGUACACUCGAGCAGACCAGAAUUACCCAGAUCAACCUCGUACCUCACCCGACAUCGACGGACGACUUCGGUCAAGACAAGCUCCUUUCAGCCAUCACUCGAGCCGACCCCGCCCGGAACUGCAGACAGGGAGAACGAUGAUACCAACGGCUUAACCUCCAGCGGGAGUCUCAGACAGUCGCCGCCGCCCGUGACGGACGACGCACAAAUACCGGCGGGCGCGGUCAUCUCGCCACCUGACUCAACACAGAACUCAAGUGACGAUGAAGAUACGAAAGGCUCACGAGGGCGACAAUUGGAGAACUUGGCAGAGCUGCAAGCCGCCAUCAGGAUAAUAGAGCAGCAUAGGGAAAGCUCGCCGACUCGGACAGCUGAGGACGUCACAAAGGCUAAUCAAGCCUUGACACUUAUCAUGCCACCAACACAAGCAGAGGACAAGCCCACUGCGGUCCACGUCGAACAAUCAACGGUCGCUGCGAUACGAAAGAUUGCUCACAACAGAUCAAACACAGACACUGGAGUGUUCUCUGACUUAAGACAUGGCCAAACUCCCGAGACAUCCCUCACUGGAUCGGAUGAGGACUCGAUUAGCGAUGAAGAUGAACCAGAACGAUCGCGGAGGAAGCCUCCGAUGCUCAGGAAGAAGUCGGGUGAGCUUGUCAGACCAGCUCUUCGACCUUCUUCGGCGAGACGGCGUCCUUCGAGUAUGCCUGGUACUCCCACAUUCUCAAAAGCUGUUCACUUCGAUUCUCAUCUAGAACAUGUCCGACACUUCCUUCAGGUCGACAGACCUUUAGCAGUCAGUGCAGGUUCAUCACCUGUCGAAGCAUACGAUAGCGAUACAGAGUUCCCUUUCGACGAGACACGUACCCCGCCCUUUGAGUGGGAGAUCGUGGUGUCGAAUUUUCCAGCUGAGACACCUAUUCGCCUAUCUCUACCAGUGAGAGUCGAGCGCGUAUUUUUGUCUUCUGACAAUAAGACAUUGGUCGGCAGUGUUGCUGUAGCCAAUCUGGCGUUCAACAAAUAUGUUGUCGUUCGCUUUACUCUCGAUUACUGGAAGACUACAUCAGAAGUUGUCGCCGAGUUCAACCAAGAUGUUCGACAACCAAAGCGUGAUGGCUACGAUAGAUUUAACUUCAACAUUAAGUUGGCAGACCAAGCCAACCUUGAAGCAAAGACCAUGUUCUUCUGCGUCAAGUAUUGUGUCAACGGACAAGAGUAUUGGGAUAACAACAACUCGACCAAUUUCCAGGUGGACUUCCGAAAGAAAGCCAAGCCCCAGAAUGGAAAGAAAGGCAUGCAAGGUGCAAGUUCACGACCGGCCAAUCCACUCCCAAGGAGCAACAAGAAAUCACCUCCUGUUAGUCAACGACCUAAGUCGAUGCCUGUUGCUUUCGACGACUUCGCUGAUGGCUUCGAUGCUAAGUACAAGUUCGACGACUUCAAGCAACCGGUCACUGAUUACCUUGGAGAAUCUGGGACGUCGCUUAGACUGAAGGGCGUCAAGUCUGCUGUCAACCUUGGAUCAGAUAACCUAACCCGACGGACAGCUCCUCCUCACGCACAAGCUUUUGGUAACCGUUAUGACUUUGGUGCUUCACUCUCUGCUGCUAUCAAUGCAGCAAAUACCGUUCUCGGGGAUCGAAGUGGUCUGACGAUGAAGCCGGUGAUUAAGAAGCAGCCACAAAGGAAGCUCGUGCCUGAAGCUGACCAAACUGUUUCUCCACUCACCAUGUCGAGCAACCAAUCUUUGAACAAACCCACAGCUCCUGUCAAGAGUUCUCCGGCUCCAGCAUCUACGUCUGGAACCGACUCUCCUCGAUCUGCUGGCUCUGAGAAGCCUCCUUUGGCUUCUCAAUCCUACAAUGAGUUGCUCGAUAAAUAUUGCUUCUUUGGUUCUGUGAAGAGUUCUCCUCAGCUCAAGGAUGGAACGAUGCGAUCUGGACAGUUCGAUGGUGGAAAUGAUGACGGCUAUAUUCUUGGCUCUGUCGACUCGACUGCGGAAAGUUCUCCUCUUAUGAUGGAAAAACGGUCACCUCCGCGAAGUCAGAAAGCAAGCACACAGGCAUCUCGUUCUGUCUCGCCAGCCCCAAUGACGGGCUUCGCUUCGGGUACGUCCCCGAUGUACCACAACUUGCAUGCUGGUUUUCCGUUCCACGACACUCAUACAGCAACAGCAAUCCGAGGUUGAAUGAAGCUUCCACAUGUUGGAAUGCCUCUCAACGAUGACGGUCGAACUUCACGACAUAAUUACAUAUUAUCGACACGAUAUUACGACCUAGUCUGUUCGUAGUGGUUAUCGAGAUUGUUCUGGCGACCUCUUCACUGAGCGUGGUCAUCGACAGAUCAGAAAGCGAGUGGUUUACAAAUCGAUUUGGGGAUGUGCUCCGUAUUUAUGAAAACGUCUUCUCUCACACGGAGACGUUCUUGUCAUUGGCAUUUCUGCGCGGCUGGGGAAG